AUGAGAGUCCAACAGUUCCUGCAAUUCGCAUCCCAGCAAUUCCCCUUCUCAUCCAUCAUGACGAACAACACAACAACCUCGCGUCUCGCGCCUGUCAUUACCAUUUCCCACGGCGGCGGGCCCAUGCCUGUUCUCGGUGAUCCUUCACAUGCUGCUAUUGUGAAUUCGCUGAAGACGCGCGUACCGAAAGUUCUUAAACUCAAUACCCCCGACCAGCCUCGAGCAAUUGUAUUGGUGACGGCGCAUUGGCAAACUGAUGUCGUGUCAGUGAGCAGUGGAGAGAAGCCCCAGCUAUACUACGACUAUGGAGGAUUUCCUGCGAAGGCCUAUCAGCUCAAGUACGACGCACCCGGGAGUCCCGGGGUCGCAGCGGAAGUAAUGAGGGCAUUGGAGAAAGAAGGGGUGAAAAGCGUCAAGGAUGAGAAGCGAGGCUGGGACCACGGCGUCUUUAUUCCCAUGAUGCUCAUCAACCCCAAAGCCGAUAUCCCCAUCGUCCAAGUUUCCAUCCUCGCCUCCGAAUCUCCCUCGGAACAUUUCGCCUACGGGCGCGCACUCUCCUCUCUGCGCGCAGAGAAUAUCGCUAUUGUAGGCUCUGGGUCCCCCUCUUGGCACAAUCUGCCUUCGUUUGCGGCUCUCAGCACCCCCGGACCUGGUCAGCGGGAGAUAAAUGAACUCAAUCUAGAAUUCAACAAGGCCGUCUACGAUGCAGUCUCGACAGCCAACGAAAAAGAACGCGAGAAGAAGUUUGAAAAUUGGCGGUCAUGGCCUGGGUCGUAUAAGAUGCAUCCGCGGGGCCUUGCGGAUCAUUUCAUGCCCCUUAAUGUGUGCGCGGGUGCUGCGGGAGAGGGAGCCGAUGCGAGUUUCUAUAGCGAUGAGUUCCUGGGACUGUCUAUUUGGAGUUUUGUCUGGGAAUAA